CGUCCUUCCGCUCUGACACCGGAAGUGCGUCACCAGCUGACCACCGCUGCCAUUUGGGAACCUGCGUGUUUAUUGUUCAGUCGUCUAAUUUUCACAUCAAAAACACUUCAUCAUGGCUAUGCAAGCAGCGAAACGCGCUAAUAUACGAUUACCUCCCGAGGUCAACAGAAUCCUUUACAUCAGGAACCUUCCUUAUAAGAUCACAGCAGAGGAAAUGUACGACAUCUUUGGGAAAUACGGGCCAAUACGUCAAAUCAGAACAGGGAACACGCCAGAAACAAGAGGAACAGCAUAUGUGGUUUAUGAAGACAUCUUCGAUGCCAAAAACGCCUGCGACCAUCUCUCAGGCUUCAACGUCUGCAACCGUUACCUGGUGGUUCUCUACUACAAUGCAAACAGAGCUUUCCAGAAAAUGGACACAAAGAAGAAAGAGGAGCAGCUGAAGCUCCUAAAAGAGAAAUAUGGCAUCAACACAGAUCCUCCAAAGUAGCAUUCUGGAAACACCCCCCUCUCCCCUCGUGUCCUCAAUUUUUUCUUUUUAUCUGUACAAACCUCACGUGUUGCUUUGUUAAUUCUGGUGAUAAUUUACUGAUACAGUUGUGAAAAUAUGUUUGGCCUUUUUUUUUUUCAUUAUUUUAUUCAUAUGAGGAGUUAGACGAUAUGUGCAAACAUUCUGGUUAGACUUGCAGCAUUUGAGUUAAUGUCUCGGCUGUUUGUCAUGCCAGUCAAAGAAUGAUGUUUCUCAAAACUCUCCUGUCAGUUUGAUUUAUAUAAUAAGACUUCAGAUUUGUGGCGUUCCUCUCAAAUUGAUUUACAAGUGGGACAAACUCUCAGCAAGUUUUAUAAGGACUUAUAUAGUGACUGGUCAUAGUUUUUGCACCCUGAAGUUUAUCUUCUCUGUAAAAUAAAUGUUCUUUUUCUAAAA